AUGGCGAGCUCUGCCCGCCUCGGCCAUCGAUCCCGUGAGCCACAACCAACAUGGCUUGCGGUUGCAGAACUGUUCCUCUUCCUCCUCGCCGUGGUCCUCUCUGCGCCCUCGCCUGCUCUCUCCGCUUCCACCGUCACCCACCUGCCCGGAUUCCGCGGCCCCCUUCCCUUCCAUUUGGAGACAGGGUACGUGGAAGUGGACGAGGUGAACGGCGCGGAGCUCUUCUACUACUUCAUCCCGUCGGAGGGCCGGCCGAGCGAGGACCCCCUCCUCCUUUGGCUCAACGGCGGCCCCAGGUGCUCUGCCCUGAGUGGAUUGGUCUUCGAAGUUGGUCCUCUGAAGUUUGUACCUGCGGAGUACAAUGGAAGCUUGCCAAACUUGGUAUAUCAUCCGUAUUCUUGGACAAAGGUUGCCAACAUGAUCUUUCUAGACUCUCCGGUUGGGUCAGGGUUCUCAUUUUCACGUCGUUACGAAGGUUAUAAUGCCAAUGACAUGUCUUGGUCGGAACAUGUUUAUAAGUUUCUCAUAAAGUGGUUUAUUGAUCACCCGCAGUUCCUCUCCAACCCUCUCUACAUAUCCGGAGAUUCAUAUGGUGGAAAGAUUGUUCCCAUCGUCGCUCACCUCGUAUCCGAAGGUACCAAAGUUGGAAACAAGCAACUAAAUCUUAAGGGUUACCUAAUUGGCAACCCAGUCACAGGUGAAAAUUUUGAUGAGAAUUCUCGAGUGCCUUAUGCUCAUGGUGUGGGAAUUAUAUCAGAUGGUGUCUUUGAGAUGAUACAAAGAAGUUGCAAAGGGCAAGACCAUCGAAAUCCAACCACUGUGCAAUGUGCAUCGUGUCUUGAGACUUUUGAGAACUUUUGUUCAGAGAUCUAUGAGAAUCAUAUUUUGGAACCAAAAUGUGCUUUGGCAUCACCAAAGCGAAAGGAUAUGAUUCUAGAUAGAAGAUCCCUGAAGGAGAAUAUGGAUCUACUUAAGCCACCACCUGUUCCUGAGCUAAACUGCAGAGGUUAUGCUUAUUUUCUGUCCUACUAUUGGGCAAAUAGCAAUGCUGUGAGACAGGCUCUCCAUAUCAAGAAGGGAACAGUCGAAGAAUGGCAGAGGUGCAACAGUGAUUUGCCAUAUGCAAAUGGACUCAAAAGUAACUUAGAGUAUCAUCUCAACCUUACAACCAGAGGCUUCCGUGCUUUGGUGUACAGCGGUGAUCACGACCUCUACAUACCAUUUGUGGGCACAAUGGCAUGGAUAAAAUCUCUCAACUUCUCGCUUGUGGAUGAUUGGAGAUCUUGGCAUGUAGAAGGCCAAGUUGCUGGGUAUACAAUGAAAUAUGCCAACAAUUUGACAUUUGCUACUGUGAAGGGUGGUGGUCACACAGCUCCAGAGUACAGGCCAAAGCAAUGCUUGGCUAUGAUUCAAAGGUGGAUUUUUCAUGAACAUCUAUGAACUCCUCUCUUUUCCUUCCAUUGGUUCUACUUAGAGCUUACUGCAUCAUGGAGUUACACACCUUGGAACCAUAUAUGGGAUAUCCAACAUAUACAUAUGUACACCACUAUGAAUCUGUAUGUUGCAGCUCACAUACAUGUAGAACUUCACAUCCUGUGCCUUCGACACAGUAAUUCGUCACAUGCACCUGCAAUUAUUGUCUUGUGAUAUUGUAAGAAUUUGCUAGAGAAACUCCCAAAUAUGUCUCUACUUGGACCAUUCUCUACCAAUUUGGGAUAUUUAAGCUACUACUAUUGCUAUCCAAAAACAAGAACUUUGUUACUCU